AAUCUUAUGAGAAUCCGUGGAAGUGAGAUUUUCGAAUUACUGAGUCAAAAAGAAGCAAUGAUUUUUGUCUGCGGGGGUGCCCAAGGAAUUGCCCAAAAAGGAAAUGAUGCAUUAACUGAUAUUCUUGUCGAACAUGGUAAAAUGCAACGACCAGAUGCAUUAAAUUUGUUGGUUAAGUGGAUGGGAGAAAAACGAUAUUUACGCGAUUUG